UAUUGGCAGCUGCACCGCUGACACUGCACCAUGCCCCACCACACCUUGCGCUCAUCAUCGGCACGUCGUCGCAUCAUCGGCGAGUGGUGAUCUGGCUUUCAGGACCCGCAGGCCACUGUCAACCCCCAAUAUCACGACAUCUAAGUCGUGGCAUCGACAACAGUUCCAAGGGCGACUCCCCACGGUCUUCUGGAGCGCCGGUGGUCUGUGGACCGCGGGUUUUGGUGGAGAGGGCAGAGAGCCCAGUUUGCAGGAACUGGCAAAAACAAUUCUUGGGACUUUACUCCGAUCGACCCAGGGCAUUCCUCAAGGCUUAGUUCUCGCUGCCAUUUGUUUUCCAGAUAUUAUGUUUGCUGUAAUUUAUGUGCACUCCAAUAUUCAAUUUAUGCCCUAGAAACCCGAGUUUUCCGGAAUGAAGUUUUGCGUUGCUGAGUGUGUGUGAAGUGUCACUUUGUUUCUUGUGUGCCACAGAACCUUUUCUGUAUUUGGCCAGGCCCAGGUCUACCGUGAACAAGACACGGCUGCCCUCGGUUGAAGGAAAUGAACGAGAGACAGAAAAUCAACUAAGGAUCAUCCCGACUCGCGUCGCUGCAGGAGGUUGUCACGAACAUGAAGAUGUCCAACAGAGCGGCGAACACGGGGUCUGACGCUGCCCUCUCCGCGUUCUGCCGGAGGAGCGUGGAGAGGGUGCGGCGCGAGAGCCAGGGUCCCAGGGGCAAAGAGACCCCCAGAGGGGUCACGUGGACCCCCAGGGGUGAUCCCGAUGAGACCCCUGUCCCCGAGGCGCUGCUGCAGAGAUUGCGUCUUGCCGCGAUUGUGGACGAUGUGCGGCAGGCGAGCACGCUGCGGCUGCACGUUCCAGCGCGCUGCUCCGCGUGCCGCGACGCUACCGCCGCCCUCGCCCGGGAAGCUUUUGUACGACGGAAACGGUCACAGCUCCAGGAGGGCAGACUCCAGCGGGAGAUAGACGGACACCUCUACACAAAGGACUCGCUGUCUCUCAUUGGGGACAUUCAUGAGGGAUUGCCCCUCCCCUCUGCACCCCCGGAGGUCAUCUGGGGUCAGCUGAAGAGCAGAGAAUCCUCACGGAGAGACCUGAAGGUGACCCUUAUAGAGAGACCCCCAGAGAGAGGAGAGACCCACAGAGAUAGACCCCCAAGGAGGACCCCCGAGAGCCCAGCUGAUAAACAGCAGCCCCCCGUGGUCACCCGGUCACAGUUGCGACGCCCUUGACCCCUGUGUGAAGGGGGUCACGGAGGUCCCGAUCCCUAACCUUGGGCACGGAACCAGUCUGUGCGGUGACACCACUGAACGAUCCAGCGUUUUGGAGGCAAGGGUUGGUGGAUCAGGGCAACUCCCGACUCUGCCAGGCUGCACGGCGCCAUCGCGGUGGGAGUACAACAAGUGGGUUCGCAAACCUGUCUGUGUGCGGUCCUGAAAGUGCUGUUUCCUCGUGCGUCAGUGGUGAGUGUCCUCCACUCUCCGCACUACCCUCGCACGCGCAAAUGAAUCAAAGAUUACUCGAUUUGGAUCGACCAAACUCAUCCCUCACGUGGCAGGGGACCCUCCUUAUGCCUACCUGGAGAAAUAGAUGACAUCGUUUAGACUUCGCCAUUCCUGAAUAAACUGUCUCUCUGUGGCCAAAUGCAAAUAUUUGCAGAACUCCGUUCUGUCUCCAUGUAAACGAGCACCGUAAUUCAUCACUGGCUUUCCACACCAAUGUUGUCACAAUAAAGAAGGUGCCUUCCUCCA